GGUGAGUGGGUGGGGUUGUGGUAGUUAGGGAGGGAGAGAGGAGUUAAAAUUUCAAACCUUGAUUUGAUAAAUUAUGACAAAUGAUAUCUAGAUUUCCUGUAUGAUCUGGUCAUUUAUUUUAUUAAUGUAUUUGUUUGUAAAUAUAUGUUCAUAUAGAUGUUAGUGAUUUUUGGGUUAUGACUUUACACAACCAUCACCUCCAUUUCACUAUUUCUCCAUUUUCAUGCAUAACUUCACUUCAUCCACGCUAACAUUGCAGUAACUUCUCAUUUCUUCUUCUCCAUGCCUUCUCCAAUUUUCGAUUUUGGUAACUAAAUUUUAAUUUUUCCCAAAUCUUACAGCUUCUUGUCCAGUAGUUGAUUUAAUGUUUCCAAUUUUUUUUCCAAAUCUCGUGCACGAGUUGGCAUCAAGAUACGGUCUACUGUUAGCACAUGGACUUGAUGAAAUCGAGCAGAAUAUGGAGGCAGUUCGGAACUCCAUCACGGACCUUAAUCGGUUUGGUAAAGUGUUUAAGCUUGCUGCGUUUAGCCCCUUUGAUUCUGUUCUUGAUGCGCUCAAUCAAUGCAAUGCCGUCUCCAAAGGGUUGCUGGAGCAAGAGAUUUUGCCAAAAAGUGGUCUGAUUCACCUCUUGCAAUUGUUGAUAAAAGGUUUCAUGCACAUAAUGUUGCUGAGGUUGAUGCAGUAGAUCCAAAAAGCCAACAUAAGGGAAAGCUUGAGACAGAGAGCUUGUUGGAAUCACAAGCCGUAAAUUAUACAUCUCUUAGGCCAGUUAACAUUUAUGGACCAGUGAACUACAAUCUUGUUGAAGAAUGGUUCUUCCACCAUUUCAAAGCAGGUCGCCCUUUUCCAAUUCCCAAUUCAAGAAUGCAUCACAACUUGGUCAUGUAAAGGUUGGUGAAGAUUUCAACAAUUCUAACAAAAUCCAAAACUAAGUUUCAGAAGUGCAAACCAUUUAUUAUUUAUGAGAUGAUAUGAUAUAGCUUAGAUAACUAUAAAUCUUUUCUAGAUUCGGUGUUUUUUUGGGUGUACCAAUAAGGUUAAGAGGGAGUCUUGGAGACUGGUCACUUGACGUGCUAGGCUUUACAGUGCUGAGAGUGGAGCCGCUGAAAGGAAAAAUGUCUGUAAGUGGUUCUAAGAAUGUUAUGAUGGAUGUCUGGUCAUACUAGAAGGGAUAACAUAAGAAAGUAAAAUAUAUGCCAACAAGUGACGAUGGUAUAAAUUUGGGAUAAAUUGAAGAAAUGAAGCUUAGGUGAUUUGAAUAUGUUGAACUUAAGGAAUCUUUCUCAUUAGAAUGAUUGAUUUGAUGGAAUAGGUUAGAAAAUGGAAAUGUGGACCAAAAUUCAUAUGCUCCAUUGUGGUUGUAGGAAUUGAAUUGCAUUGGCUCUCCCCAUAGAAGCGGCAAUGUGUUGAUCGAGGUGUGGUUGAAUAUCAGUUUAGUUGUAUAUAUGGAAAAGGAUAUAUUUAAA